AUGGGUGGUUUGCUUCAGGCCCUGCUAGUUGUGGUCUCUCUUCAAGGAUGCCACUGUGGGGAGGCCCACUCGUCCCAUGUCAGAGAUUUAACUUUAUCUGUGAAGGCGACUGAAAACGGGUCUCAGGACACUGUUGAUGUUUCACCUAGUCAGCAUGAUGAACAACCCGCCAUUAAGUCGCUGCAGUGCUCAUACUCUGCAUCCCCUCCUGUUAUUCUCGAGACCUGGCCCGAUCCAGCAGUCACCAGAAUUCCACACACCGCCGACUGGACUUUCCAUUUCAAAUUCAACCAAAACGUGAAUAGGGCGACCAGACCUGCUUUUGUCAAGGUUUACUACAGGGUCGGCGCAUGGGUAUUUUCAAUCGACGCCUCCGCUGGUGACAACGUUCAUUUCCCUGCCCCAGACACAUUGCAAGUUGUUGUACCCGCGAACUUGAAAGCGCUGCUAGCUGGAGGGCAAGUGUUUCAUGUGCUGUUGGAUGAGGGCGUAGUGACCGGUCCUGGGCCAUGCUAUGUUCCAUCAGCUGCCGUUACGGACCCCAAUUUCUACAAAGUAUUGUACAGUGGCUUGCCAGAUCGAUACUACGAUACUCCGUACAACACAACUUCAGCGCCACCAUCAAGUUGCUCUGACACAGAACGUCCCACUGUCAUUCAGUCUUGGCCAGCUGAUGGAUUUUACUCUUCACUCAGCAUAGCUAAACUAACCCUCAAGUAUGAUCGAGAGGUCACGGUGGCUCAGAGCCUAACAGGUGUUUACAUAUACAGACGACAUGCUUGGCAGUCUGCCCAGAACUGCAAAAUCGUCCAGACGGCUGUAGACACAAUAGAAACAGACUGUUAUUCGCCGAUGAAUUUGGAUCUAUAUGAUUUGGAUGGUAAUGGAGUGUUUACCAUUAUAAUGGCUGAGGAUGUAGUGACUGGUCCUGCCCCUUGUAAUGCUCCUUCUGGUUGGCUUGCUAUCACACUGUACACCGGCUCACCACCAGCUACUGAUGGGGCCCCAACAUACGCAUACACCACCGAGCAGUUUGGAGACUGGACGACACGCGACAACCCAGGCUUCCAGCCAACAACCGAAUAUUGGCCAACAACCCAGGAAGUUACGGAAUCCCCGUUUACCGAGCCAGCAACAACUCCAUGGAUGGACUGUGCAAGUAUGGCAUAUCCUGCUGUCGUUGAGGCCUGGGCUGACGCUACAGUCAGCCCUUAUUAUAGCUGGAUCUGGAAUUUCAGAUUUGAUCAACAUCUACUGAUGAGGUCCCAAUAUACACCACUCAUGUACUUGAGGAUUCAACCACAUCAUCGGAAUCUGACAACCCUACCAAACAGCCUACAGAAUUCACAACAUAGGAGAUCGGAUGGUCUACCCACCAACCCUGAAUGACUCAA